UCAGUUAACAAAAUCUGUGUAGCGCAGCUGGAGAUGACUGUUUGUGUGUGUUUGAGGAUGAGGCGAAUUCGUUUCUCCAGCGGCGGCAGCAGUAACUGUGCUUUGCUUGGAACAACUUUUCCCUUCUCAAAUUACACAAAUUUUCCAUUAAAAACCAAAUCUUUUCUAAAGCUGCUUCCUUCAAGAACACCCCUUAUCUUCACCACUCCUCAUUAUCGUUUAGUUACAGCAGCUCAACAUUCUUCUACACCUCAAACUAACCUUUCUGUCGGUUCUGGAGGUGAUGGCCGAAAUGGGUAUCCAUUGAAGGACUCAAAAGUGGUUUUGAAAGGGAUGAGAUAUACUGAUCUUGAGAAAUGGGUUCAGUCACAUGGUUAUAGGCCUGCUCAGGCUCUGAUGUUAUGGAAACGUCUGUAUGGGGAUAAUAUUUGGGCUCAAUGCAGUGAGGAAUUAGAAGGUUUGAAUAAGGAUUUCAGGAAAAUGUUGGGUGAACAUGCUGAAUUUAAGACGUUAAACUUGAAAGAUAUUCUGACAGCAUCUGAUGGAACUAAAAAGAUGUUAUUCAAGUUGGAAGAUGGUCUGGUAAUAGAAACUGUUCUGAUACCUUGUGAGCGGGGCAGGAACACUGUCUGUAUAUCUAGUCAAGUAGGUUGUGCCAUGAAUUGCCAGUUUUGCUACACUGGCAGAAUGGGUCUGAAGAGAAACUUAACCACUUCUGAGAUAGUUGAGCAGGCUGUUUUAGCUCGACGCUUGUUAUCCAGUGAAGUUGGGCCUAUUAGCAAUGUUGUGUUUAUGGGAAUGGGAGAACCACUUCACAACAUUGAGAAUGUCUUGAAAGCUGCAGACAUAUUGGUAGAUGAACAAGGGCUUCAUUUUAGUCCUCGAAAGGUCACCAUUUCUACUAGUGGGCUUGUGCCCCAGCUUAAGCGAUUUCUUCGUGAGUCCAAUUGUGCUUUGGCAGUCAGUUUGAAUGCUACAACUGAUGAGGUCAGAAGUUGGAUCAUGCCAAUUAACCGCAAAUUUAACUUGAACUUGCUUCUUGGAACACUAAGAGAGGAACUUCAAUCAAAACAUAAAUACAAAGUUCUGUUUGAGUAUGUAAUGCUUGCUGGAGUUAAUGAUAGUGUUGAGGAUGCAAAAAGACUAAUCGAUCUUAUCCAGGGCAUUCCAUGCAAGAUUAACCUGAUCACUUUUAACCCUCAUUCUGGAUCCUUCUUCAAACCAACUACAAGAGAGAAGAUAAUCGAGUUCAGAGACAUUCUUGCUGAAGCAGGAUGUGUGGUGCUUUUUCGAUGGAGUAGAGGAGACGAUCAAAUGGCUGCCUGUGGUCAGUUAGGUAAACCAGGUGAAAUCCAAGCUCCCGUGCUUCGUGUGCCUUCUCAAUUUCAAGCAGUAUUGGAAGCUGCAGCGUGAUUUCGUGUGCUCUUUUUCAAGCAUGUUCAUUCUGGUUUAUCCAAAAAUGUCACACAGUUUCAAAGUUGUAUGCUCAUGAAAUCAGUCACUGAUCUUGUUCAGGUUAGAUAGUGUAUACAGUACUUUUAGGUUUGUAAUCUUUACAGUUCUCUUUCUUUUUAACUCAAUUUUUUUUAUUUGCAAUCUUUAAAGCUGUGAGGGCUUUGGGAUUAGAAGUAGUAUUUCAAAUUUGAGAGUGCAAAGUUCUGAAGUGUUUCUCCUUGAGCUAGAUUACCAAAGAUCUUCAUUAGGCUUCCUGAGCAUUUGGCUAUGUUUCAUUAUGAAAUUCGGAAAAAAAGUGAAAAGCUUUCAUUGUCAAACGGUUCCUCACCAGCAAUUGAGAUGUAACUUUUUAGUA